AGGCCUUUAUGGUGAGAGCGACAGCCUGGAUGAGUGUCUUGGAGAGGUCGUUUCAUCGGAGCGAUGUCAGGGGUUGCCAGCCUUGAAGAAUUCGAUUCAGAGCUUGGGGAGUUCUACUGCCCGGCUCUUUUGCAUGGCCUUGCGCGAUCGCAAGGACCUGCAGUCCAUGGGAGAUACCCUGAGCUGCCGAGUGGACGAGAUGGUCGUAGGCCUCCAGAAGGAACUCACCGAGGACGGCGUCUUGCUGGCCGAGUGCACUCAGCUCGAGGCGCAGCUGGACACCUGCCGCCGCGAGGCCCAACGCUUGAGAGCGAAGCAGCUGCAGCAACGCCAGCAACGGCAGAGUGCCGAGCGCCGACGGGUCUUUGAGGAGGCCAAGAGGGUGAAGACGCUGGAAGCACGGCGCCAGGCGUUGAAGAGCUGCCUCGACGCGCUGUUGGCAGCAGGCCUCACCGCCGAGGCCGCCGAGGGUGCCGAGGCGAAGGCCGCCAUGGCCCUGGUGGGAAGUACGCCCGCAUCCAGGCACCGCGGCACCCGAGGACAGUCGCAUAGCCUGCAGCGGCAGCUACAUGAGAAUCAACUGGAAAGGCGCCGCGUGGCCUCGCCCGAGGUCCGCGUGAUGCAGACACCGAUACGGGUGGCCGCAGGCCCCCCAAGCUACCGGCAGGUGUCAGCUCCCGUGAUCCGUGGCCGGCAUCUCGCGCCCACGGCGCCGCAGCCCCCACGGCGGCACGCGCCGCACGUGCCGGCGGCGGGGCCUGCGGAGGCCGCGACCUUGGCGCAGUUGGAGGCCCAGCUGAGGGCCUCCCAGACAGACUUUUGGGGCAUGUGAGGUCGAUCGGCGGAAGCCCGAACGAAGGGGCAACGGAGCUGCGAGAUCGUUUCUCACGGCGCGAGCGAAAGAUUGGAAGGUGGAUCGCUAACUGCCAGACUGUGCUUGGCUGUACGUAGUCCUGAGUCAUGGAGCCAUGCUUGCCCAUGCAUUGCGCAGUCACGUGCAGCAAAUGAGCGUCGUUUAGACUGUAGGAUGUUGUGAGCUGCUGCUCAGCCCAAUGCAUAUAAUAUGCAGAUGCUUGGUCGAUUCCGCUGACCUCGACCGCUCUUGGAGGACCGACUCAUUGCGCGCCACGUGGCGAUCUUCCACAACGCUUUCUGGUUCAAGGUCACCUUGAACUUGUCUGCAUUGUGCCGGCACCGCGGGUUCCAAAUCUGCGCCGCACCGAUACACCGAUACACCGAUAUCCCCC